AUGAUGAACUUGGGCUCAAUCAGUGAUCAGUUACCCACCUAUCCCAAUAACAUCCAGGGUGAAUUACGUAUCAUCCUACAGACCAAGGAUGUUUUUCUUGUAUGCUAUAAGCAUCUGGAAGAGUAUCGCCGACUGGUAAACGAACAGAACCGACUAAUAACGAAAGAAUUUGUCCAAGAACAAUUACAAAUUGGCGAAGAUGAAAUCUCCGAAUUGAAAAUGGAAUUGCAAGACGCCGAAUCCCGAUUGGGUGCCCGCUUACGUCACAACGAAUUGUUGGCCGAUCACUUGGCUAGUUUGGGUUUUGCCUCAUUGGAAUCUGGUGCUAGUGUACGUCACCUAGCCCUGUGCCGAUCACCACAAAUGCGUAAAAAUAUGAUCGCCCAACGACAAGGUGGUGCCGGUUCAUCCAGUAUGUCCGAACCCAGACCACCGACCCACAUGAUCGAUAAUAUUGCUCUAGCUAUCUCGGAAAUUCAUCAGGAAGUUCGUGCCAAAGUGAAACCUUUAUUGGACUACUAUCGGGAUUUGUUCUAUUUGCAACUUCAUUUUAGCCUGGUGCUCGGUCAAGUAUGUAACUACUGUAUGCCAUUAGUGACCGAAAAUAUCGGUCUGAUUGAUCGUAUCUUCUUUUGGUCCGAACGUCCGGAAUUCGAUCUGGUCCGACGAGCCGGAGAUAUUGGGGAUCGACUGAAAGAGAUUUACACUCGUGCUCAAACAGUCCUAAGUGUCCUAGCUGAGUCGGUUCGAUUUUUACAAUCCAAAGUGGAAUUACAAAAAACACUGGAACAACGAUUCCACGAGCGUUUGGAUGAACAACAGAAAACAAAAGAUAAAAUCUUACGGGAAGUGCAUACGACUAAACAGAAUAUGGAUAUGCUAGAGGAGGAGAAUGAUCGUCUUGUGGGUAGUCUCGUCAAGGUGGAUCCCAGUUUUGUGGAUAGUCGACAUUUCUACGAAUUAGCUGAGGGUGGGAGUUUGAUGGGUGCCAAAAAACCGGGCAAUAUGAAAGAAACCGCACAGAAUAAUGCUGAAGAGAAACAGGAAAUGAUGAGCAACGCGACCCCGUGCGGUCCAGUUACGGAUAGGGCAAAUGACGGGGAGAAAGAGAAUCGUGCACGCACAAACACACGACGCGUCAGCGAUGUGAGUAGUCCAUCGACUUUGGACAAUCCAUCCGGAGAGAUGAACAAUAAUAAAGCGUUGAGUGUGCUCAGUGAUGCCCCAGUGAAAGCCACAGAACUGAAAUUGAAAAACAAGAAAAAAGCAUCAAAAGAAGAAAUGGAACAACUGAUAAAAGAGAUCAAAACCAAAAUGAUUGUCAACACCAAAAAGUCCCCGAUGCGGGCAGCCAAAGCUUCCAAUACCAACAAUGUUUCGGAAGCUUCCGGAGCGAUAAGCGCAAUUACGGAUCCCAGUAUCUCGGUUGAUGGUUCACCGACGAGAUUGGAUUGUACAACACCGCCAAUCAGACGAGCCACAAGUGUGGACAAAGAACGCAAACAACCUAGAACAAAAAAACAUCGCCCGAAAAGUACACUCGGUGAAGCACGGCUGCGGAAUUUGGACAAUGAGUUGAAUAAAAGAGAAAAACAAACUACAACUCCGGAACAAAAAACGGAAGAGUUGAGGCCGAGUUCAAUCUCAACUGCCGCUGGUGAUAUCGAAAUUCAGCAAGGACCGCCCCAAACUUCAUUAAAGUCUAAACUCCUAGGUCGAACGAAGGACCUCCUCGAAGCGGCACUUCAUCGAUCCCCAAAGAGUAGUAGUACAGAACAGGUCACGCGUACAAUCGGUGAGUUGGAUUCAUCCCUCGCUACAGGUCGUAUAGAUCAAGACGAGUUGAACAAUGACGGUGUAACCAGUGUGUCCUCGUUUGCCUCACUCUUGGUGGCAGAUUCACCGUUGGGUGAGCCCACAUUCAUUCCGCCGGCGAAUGUAAACACAUCCAAACAAUUACGCACUCUGGAACCACGUAAAAAGGGUCGUAAUGCCACAGAUCCGAGUAAAACACCACCACGAAAAAAUCGACUGUCCAGACGUGGAAAAUCCCAAGUGUUAGAUUACGAUAUCCAACCCCUACCUAAUCUGUCCACAGAUAUGUUACUAACGGAAAGUCCCACAGCUGCUCAUUCUUCGCUUAAUCUGCCUGCUUUCAGAACAACUGCGAGUUCAGCCUCCAAAGGUUCAAAAUCAAGACGUAGUUCGGGUAACCUGGACAAUGAUCUGGGCAAUUUCCUAGCUGGAACAAGUCUGGGACCAGCGCCUUCACUGACAACACCGCAAAGUGCCUUACCAUCAGUGUUGUGA